AUGUCGGUGUCGGUGUCGGUAUCGGUGUCGAUGUCGGUGUCGGUGUCGGUGUCAUCAUUCGUUAAUUUUUUGGGCUAUCGAUGUCGGUGCGGUGUCGGUAUCGGUGUCGAUGUCGGUGUCGGUGUCGGUAUCGGUGUCGGUGUCGGUGUCGGUGUCGUCAUCAUUCAGGAGGAAGAUAUAAAUAAUUUAUAUCUGCCUUUCGAAAUGAGACCUGGGACAGAUCUUACUAGCAAACUUAUCCCAAACAACAAAACCGUUAUAAAUAUUAUUGUUCAUCAUUUGCUUGGGAUAAAUAUUCCUAAUAAUGCAUAUCUUUCUGGUUCAACAGAAUGGGCAGAUGGUAAAAGAUCAGAUGCCUUAUAUAUACCAAGAAAUGGAGUGACACAUGAUCUACCACCCAUCUUAAUUGAAGUUCAGAAUUGCAUUGACCAACUAUUUAUGAUAAGGCUAAUUAACUAUUGCGCUCAUGUGUAUGAACGUUAUGAAGUAUUGCCUGUAGUGCUUGUCUUUGUAGUAAAAAAGUUCUCCAAUACCACAUUCGAGGAAAAAUUCGUUAAGAAAGCCAAUGCUCCAUAUAUACUAGAAACCCAGUGUGAAUUUUGGGCGAAGUCAACUAAUUUCGUUUCAGCCAAGUCAAUUGAAAAUUUUACUCAAGACUCCAUGGAUCCGUUUGUGGCGCUUGCCUAUUUUACCGUAUCACAGGCGCAAGACUUGAAAUCGUUAACGUUUGCUGCUGAUAUGACGAUCAGGUUUUUGAUCAAGCUACAAACCAAAUGCAAAAAAUAG